UACCGUAAGACAUAAUAAACCAGGCAUAAGUCCGUACACUUUAAAGUAUCAAUAUAUUAGAUGAACACGGCUCCAUUGUAAUCUUUAAUCUACUUUUUUUUUCAGCAGACACGACUGAUUGGACGUGAUUAUAAGAAUUUUGUGCCUGGUAUGGGAACGAAAUAAAUUGUCCAUUUGCGUUUGCUAAGGCUGAUUGAGGAUAACUCUUGGGGAAUACAGUACCGGAGGAAUCACAUAUUUAGAUCAAGCAAUUCAAAGAGGAAGAGGGUGUACAAUGGCAGAAGAAGCGAAUAGCCAAAUGGUGAUCGAUGGUCACAUGAGCCCCUUUGACUAUAGGAACCGGCAGAACAGAGAUUUGAGUAUUACACAUAUAAGCGAUUCCCAGUCCUCAACAACAUCUGUUUCAACAAAAUACAACAAUAAGAGAAAAUGUAUUUACCUCUUCGGUGGGUUUAUCGUGUCCUCUUGUUUCGCUGCAAUUGCGUGCGCAGUCUUGCUAAUGUUUAUCGUGCUCAAACCAGCUGUCCCCGCUGUAGAUGUAUUUGAACACGGAAAAACAGCCAGUCAACACAAUGACGAGGGCAUGCAAUGUAUGGACGCGACACUCCAUCGCAGUAAAGCUCGUGCCAAAUAUGUGGCGGCAAAAAACUUUGAUACAGACAUCGCAAAGAAGUUAAAGUCAGUUUGCUGUGUGGAUAUUCCUAAAGAUAUAUGUGAUGGUAUUUUACCUUAUGCUCAGUCAUUCUUUCCGAACAAAGUGGCUAGUUCUCAUAAAGACGCCGAAAAAUAUCUGGAAAGUGUCGACAGCUUUAUGAAGUGCGACCCAAAUGCUCUUUAUGUAUUCUGCGCAAUGGUCUACCCACCAUGCAUUACCGAGAAAAGACAAGUAAUGCCCUGUAAAGGUGUCUGCGAGGGCGUGGUGAAUGGUUGCCAGACUAUUAAUACAAGUGUUUCCAUUGAUUCAAAGUUGUCAUGUGACUACUAUCCUGAUGGAGACCCGGAUGAAAUUGUUUGUAAAAGCUGCUCGUACGCAAUCAAUCUUGGAGAAGUCGGUGAAGAGUUUGAAUUCUCGUCUCCAAAUCAUCCCAUGGAGUUCCCGUCAAAUUCUAAAUGCGUUUGGUCAAUAACGUCGCCAGAAUCCACUAGAAUCCAGAUUGAUAUCUCGAAUGUCGAUGUCAUCAAACAACUGAAGGAAGAGCUGACAGUAAAAUUCGGACAAAACCCGUAUGGAAGUUCUUUGCAUAUGCAGCGCAUCACGGAAGACCGAGUCGUUCUAACCCAUCUUAACUUUGCUUCAGUCAUUUUUCAGAGUGGGGCGUUAACGAAUGGUAGUACUGGAUUUUCUGCAAAGGCUAUCGUGUUGAACGCUAAAGAUACAUUAUUGUGUGAAAGCAAUGCAAGACCCAUUACGGAAGAGGAUCUCUGUGAUGGUGUAUAUGACUGCGUGGAUUGUGAUGAAGAGUCUGGGUGCACAACUUGUGAGGGUAUCAGUGAAUGUUUCGAUGAAAGAAAAUGCCGACCUCCAUGUGGCUAUAACUUACGCCUGGCCACAGAAAACACAAUUGAAACAAUAUCAUCACCGCUGUACUCUGGGAGCUACGAAGAUUGUAUCUACACUUUCAAAUCGCCGACGCGGUUUAGACUCAGAAUAGAAUUCGUUAGUUAUAAUGGACUUGUAGGCGGUUGUAACUUCAAAUACGGUUAUGGGGACAAUCCAUAUAAUGCUGCAAGCGAAAUUGCAGGCAUUCCCGAAUUAUCAAAACCAAUUGACUUCCCUGAUAAUGUGGGUUGGAUAUGGCUUGCGUCGGGGUCGGACAAUACCAGUUUUGUUGUUCGCGUUAGUUCUUUUAUAGAUAAAUUGAUUAUAAAUAUGACUGGCAACGAUACGUACAUAAUAGACACUAAACAAGUGUCAACUGAGGUUUCUAAUGCGCUUGAAAGAGGCGUUCUCAUUUUCAAGUCUCCUCCUGGUUACUAUUUCACUAUAAGCUGUAUAAACGAAAUUUUAAACCUGGGGUUAAACAACGUUGCGAUUGGAGUAGGAUCAGAGCCAAUAAAAUAUGCUGUAUACACCUUUUACGCUGAUUCUAAUGACGUAUUGGAGUUUCUCACCGAUGCCUUCUGGUUGAAAAUGUAUGGAAAAGGCCCGUAUGAGUUAGGUUUCACAAUAAAGACGAUGCAUGCAAGAGAGGUUGUUCGUCAAAGUGUACUGGUGGAUGAAUCAGCAACUAUAGUAUUGCCAAUUCCAGGUGAGAAAGCAAUUGAUGACUGUAUCGAAAUAGAAAAAGAUAAUGAAGAUGAAAUCGAGGAACCUGUUACUGUCAAUUAUGUUACCUCAAAUAAUGAAGUAAUUGUUGAAAACGGCAAUGAGACGGAUGAUAGUAAGACUGAUGAUAGUAAUGUAGUUACAAUCGCAACAACGUGGAUAGUUGCAUCAAUAAGACAUCCAAUGAUUGGAGUGAAAUUUCUCAAUUUCAACUCAUCUUCUACUAAGUUUAACUAUUUCCUUAUUGGAUACGGACUCAAUCCAAAUGAUUCGUCAACGAUCUUGUUCAAAGGAACAAUAUCUGAUUUUGAGCAAAAGCUCCCAGGAGACAUCAUUGUCAAAUAUUCGACGUUCUGGAUUCAACACAUUUCUUUUAGUACCGCCAAAGAUACGAUGAUGUCUUUGGAACUGAAUGGAGUGGCAAGCCUCGAUGAUCUGGUUUGCCCACUAAAAUACGGUGUAACUAAAGAUGACAUUUGUGAUGACGAGUAUGACUGUCCUGAUCGUAGCGACGAAGAAAAUUGUGGCGACAAAGAUGUUUGUGGUCGCAGGCCGUUUCACAAUCGCAAGAAGCGAGUUAUUGGUGGGACUGAGGCUAACCUAGGAAGUUGGCCGUGGCAAGGGCUUAUUAUGGUUGGCUACUAUCCACAUUGUGGCUGUACUUUAAUAGAUGAAUAUUGGGCAAUUACAGCUUCUCAUUGUCUUUGGCAUGAUACAAACAGUGCUAGUAGUUUAUCCAUCAUGUUUGGCAGUAUUUCAAAUCAAAAGUUCUCAAGGAAGCAUCUCAUUGUGGAGGCUUCAUUGGCCUUCCUACAUCCAGAAGAUCUUAGUUUACCCGAUCCUAUGGACCACGAUAUUGCUUUAAUAAAGUUUGACAAACCUGUUCCUUUCACAAAUUAUGUGCGACCAGCGUGUCUCGUUCGAAACGAGACACAAUUUUUGCCAGGAGACACGUGCUAUAUAUCUGGCUUUGGUAGACAAGGAACCUGGAAAACAGCUACAGAGUUGCAUGAAGCACCAAUGAUGCUGUAUAGCAAUGAAAAGUGCAUGGAUUUCCAGUCUAGUGUUUUCCAAAUUACCGACAACAUGGUUUGUGCUGGUAAACGAGAGGGCGGUGUCGGGACUUGUUAUGUACGUGACAAUUAUAUCAUAGUUACAAAUUUAUAA